AUGGCAUCGCGCAACUCGUCGGUUCGAACCUCCAAACUUUUCAUGCCGCAGGCUCGCAGCAGCAGGGACACAAUGGUCGGCAUAUUCUUUUCACCAAUCCCCUUUCGUCACCACCUUUACCCUCGUAGGGUUUACUCGGUAAAACCGCAGACGAGUGAAACAGAAGAGCCAUAUGAUAAUGAUACAUGGGGUUUUUUUUCACACCACCCCUAUCUCGCGACUCCUCAAAUCGUUCGUCUAGUGUGUGGCGGGCAACGCUCGUCCAACGGGCACAGACAAGAGGGCACUAUAACAAAUUAA